GCCCCUUCUAGUCUCCUUGAUGCCUUAGAACAGCAUUACCAGUCCCUGGAAGAGAAGAAAGGGGUGACAACUCCUGUCAGUGGCUCAAAACCCGUGGGGUUUGCUGCGGCCAUUAACACCAUUUCUAGUAACACACCCACAAUCAAUGUGUCGGAGGAAGAGCGACAGCGGAUUUUAGACGAGGAAAAUGCUCGCCUUCAGCAGUUAAAGAAGGAACAGCUUGGCAAGAGCACUGCUGACUCUCCAAAUCAGGAGCAGAGAAUGAAAGAACUCGGGCAGUCACCUCAGCCUAACCCCUCAGCAACAAAUCCGUUCGCAACGCAAACACCAAAUGGGACGAGCGAUUUGUUCGGGUCACCCACAAAGUCGGCAGCACCCCAGAAGGCUAGCGACGACCUUCUUAGUUUGUCAGGAAACCCCUUUGUACAGAACGUUCAAAACGUCAUGGCGAUGCAGAAUGCCACACAAGCGAUGAGUCAGCCCAACUCGUUCGCUCAGUGGAAUAGCGCCCCAGCUACCAGCGUUCCCGCAUCGAGCAGUAUGUUUACAUCCGACGUUGACUUUGAGAAAGUGUUUCCCAACCAGUCAUCCAACACCUCCGCUGGACUACUAACCGAUGCUACAGGUCUCUUAGUUCCUCAGACCUCGGAAAAACCAGCUUUUCCUGGACCUCCCAUGCCGACUAGUCCAGCUCUCCAUCAGAGGAGUUUAACUCCAACCAUGAAUGAGUCAGCACCGGGCCGCCUAAGUCCCGCCCUCAUCUCUUCUGACCAAUCAGGAUUUGAUGCCUUUGGGGAGGUCCUAAAACCAACCUCCAAUGUUGGGAUGAACAGCGCCACACAAGAAAAACUCAUCAACAAAGAUCUGGAUUCCAGUCUGUCACAGCUAGCUGGAAACCUCAACAUCAAAGGGUCAGCGUCGCAGGUCAAAAAACAACAGCAUGACUGGCAACCGAAGGGUGAACAGAAGAAGACGGGUGGUCAGAGCUGGCAGGGGCUACCCCCCAACAUCUCUUCCUCCACCUGGACCUCACCUAGCUACGGACAGCCCAUGGUAAAUAGUCAGUCCAAUAUGACAACACAGUCUACAAUGAUAAACUCUCAGCAGCCUCCGAUGAUGGCACCAGUGAUGGGAUACAAUGUUCAACCAAUGAUGCAGCAACCAGGCAUGAUGGGAGUGAGGCCAAUGGGAAUGCAGCCCGCCAUGGGAAUGCAGCAGCCAAUAGGAAUGCAACCUGCUAUGGGUAUGCAGCAACCCAUGGUGUUUGGCAUGCAACCUGCCAUGGGAAACAUGAUGUCACAGCCGCGCCCACCCGCACAAACCAAUCAGGAUCCAUUCGGAGCGUUAUGAGAUUCCAUUAGUAACCAUAAUUCAGGGAGUCGUAGUCAAAUGAGUGUUUGUGAACCAGAAAUAGGCAGGGAUCAAGAAUGUGUGUCAUCACCAUGGCAACCAUCAACUUCAACAUUCCUAUUCAAUCCAUAUCUGAUCUAUGCAUGUGAAAAAAAAAUACACUACAAAAUUUGAUUGAAUCUGACAGGGACAGAACAAUAUCAAUUACAUCACAGUGACAAUAAGAGGUCAAGAAUAAAAACACUUGACCUUUGACCCCACUAGUUGUAGAAUGACAAACUCCACUCAUGAAAUUAUAAGCCUAGUCAUUCAGUGGUGCAAUCUUAAGUAACUGUGGUGAUUGUGAAGUAAGCGACUGAAGCACUACCUUUUAUCUUAUUGGAAAUGGUACCACUCAGUUUUAAUCAAUGUUUAUAAAAUCUUCUUGUUAUCAACAAGUUGAAUUUCAAAUUUGUUCUAGAAAAUCUAGAUUGUAAAUAAUCAUGAGGGAAGUGAAUGAGAUUGAAAGAAUGGUUGUGUUUAUUUUCUGUUGGCAUGGUAACUGUGUUGCCAUGAUUUUGUUAUGGUGAUUAUCUGACAUGAUGACUUCUUAGAUGUAUUCAUUUAGGUUGUUUCUUUCUGAAAUGUGCAGGCUUAUCAUGAUUUUACAGACACUAUGAGGACCUUCAGAAGAUAUAUAUUGGCAGUGUGUUUAUUAGAUAGUUGUAUUUAUUUGCAAUUAAGCACACAAUGUAUUGAAUGGUAGAUGGCUGUUCCUUUGUACACCCUUGUAAGAAUUACUGUAUGAGUGCUAAGCAAAUUUCACUGUUAUGUUUAUUUGUUACAUGUGUAUCGUAUGUGUUAUUGUAAAGUCAAUGGGAAGUAUUCUUAUUUGUUGAAGUUUCCUGGCCUAAUAAUGCCAAGAAAACAUUUAAAAUCAUUAAUACACACAUAUAGUAUAUAUCCAUGUAUUAUUCAGUGUUGUAAGGACCAUUAUAGAACUGUAUGGGCUGAUUUUCACAGAUGACGGGAUACACACAGUGUAUAGGGGCAGUGUUUAGUCCUUGGCACACUAUUGUAUGCAUGGAAGUUGCCAGUAUCACUUGUUUCCAAAUUGUGGUUGAAACAUGACACAUUCCAAACCCAGCUUCUGUCUAUGUGAUAAUACAACUGUAUAAAUUGCCCCGCUCUGACGGCACAGAAAACUUUAUCAAAGUAUUAAUGAUGCACAAGUGUUAAUGACUUCUCAGAACAAAAAAAAACAGAUUUUUUUUCAUGUGGAAUACUUAAGGCAUUUUGAAGUUACAUUGAUUAGAAGCAAUGGUAAAAACAAAUGGGAAAAUGUCUGCUAGCAAAGCAGAAAGUUGCAAAAACUUACAUGUAACAAUUCAUGAAUUGGUUAUUCAGGGGGAAAGUUGGUAUAUUCUCGUAGUAUAUAUCGACAAGGAGAAAUUGAUAAGAGUCAAAAUUGACGAUUUUACAGUAUUUUUGUUUCACAUUAUUCUUGAAAUCAAAAAUAGCACUUCAGCUUUAUAAGUUUCAAUUUGAAAAAAAAGACAGAAUUUGAGCCAUGUUGCUGUGUGGAAUCUCUGAUGACAAUCAGCCAAUAUUGAAUGACUGAUCAUGCCAUAAAUCUAUGUGAUAACAUGUCAGCCGUGUGGAGUACAUUAUAUACAAUCUGUGACUGUGUUUCCAGUCUUUUGGUAGGAAACUGUUUCUGUUGACCAGAUGUAGUAGUUCCUCUAGACACAAUAAACUUAUGCUGCAUCUCCACUUUC